ACGAUAUAAAAAUAAUAUCUCAAUAAUGACCACCAUUUCCCAUUUUCAUUCCCACUCAAAUCAAAUGAUCUAUCUCACUUCCCCUCACUUUCCCGGAAAAUUCUGAAUACUUCGUCGGAAAAUCUGCCGAUCCAUGGCGUCCUCUUCGAGCACACAGCCACCGGCCGAAGAAACGAGGAACUGGCUCGAACUGCCGCGAGACGUGACGGCGAUGAUACUGCACAAGCUUGGAGCGAUCGAGAUACUGACUAGCGCACAGAAGGUGUGUAUGACGUGGCGUAUGAUCUGCAAAGACCCUGCGAUGUGGAGGACCAUCGACAUGCACAAUUUGGGGGACGAUGGGGACAUGGAUUACGAUCUCGAGAAGAUGGCGAGGCACGCCAUCGAUCGCAGUUGUGGACAGUUGGUCGACAUCAAUAUCGAGUAUUUCGGAACCGAUGAGCUUGUUCAGUACAUCAUUGAGCGGACCAGUCAACUUAGAUGUCUUCGUCUUAUCUGUUGCUUAUGCAUUUCAUCUUAUGGCUUGUGUGAAGCUGCUAAAGGACUACCAUUGUUAGAAGAGCUUCACAUGUAUCUCUGCCAUGAUGUUCCAAAAGAAGCUCUUGAAGCUUUUGGUCGCUGUUGUCCUCUGCUAAAGUCAUUUUCAUUAAACAACAUAGGGUGGAGAAGCAAGGUAAUUGAAAUAGAGUUUGACGACGAAGCGCUAGUAGUUGCAGGAAACAUGCCUGAAUUACGCAACCUUAAACUCUUUGGAAAUAGGAUGACAAAUGUUGGACUGCAGGCGAUUCUUGAUGGUUGUCCUCACCUUGAAUCCCUUGACCUGCGGCAGUGUUUCAAUGUUGAUCUUGAAGGGGAUUUGGCAAAAGGACUUUAUAAGAAGAUCAAAUAUCUACAACUUCCUAACGAUUCCACUGAAGCCUAUGAAUUUGGUGCUCAAUUUUACGAUGCGGACUCAUUUGGUGAUGAGAGCCCUUCUGAAUUAUACGACUCCUCUGAUUAUGAUUGCUCUUGUGAAAUCGAUGGUGACAGUGACUUUGAUUAUGAUGACUUCACAAAAAUCCCUGGCGGCAGCAACUUUUCUGACUUUGAGGAGCCCUUUUUAUCUUAGUUGUUGUCUUUGAAAACUAUCAAUUAUGAGGAAACCCAUGGUAUGUGUGUGGUGUGUGUUUGCCCCCCUCAUCCUCCUUUGCAAUUUUAAAGCUUAUUAGUAGCAGCUACUUGCUUGGUAGUUCAAACUUUUAGUAUAUCCAGUCAAGACACUACUUUCAUGAUGGUGGUAGAAGUUGAUUUUGUUGGCAUUUUGCUCAUCUGGAUAAGAUUGCUGAAAUGGUGUUGCAGUCUGAUGCAGUGCUUGAAUAAGUUGCUGUUGAUCAGAGUUAAUUUCAUCAUCUUUCUUUAUGAACAUGAGCUUACUUUGUGUACCCAUGGGGACUUCAGCUUUGUAGAAGAUAUUUGUUUAUUACUAUCUCUUUGUUAUGUCUA